AGGAGAACCAUAGUAGAUCAUCGUGUCAUUUAAUUUAGACAUGGAGAGCUUUAUACUAUCUCUACUUUUAGCAGUACUACUACUAGCAAGUUCCAGUCCUGGCACUUGCUUUCGCUUCCCCUCCCUUGCUAAAGCAUGCAAGCCUAGUGGCUACGUUAAAGGCAAUUUCAGCAAGUGCAUCGAGAACGACUGUUGUGCGGCUGGUAAGAAGUAUCCUCAGUACCGUUGCUCACCGCCGGUGACCGAAGCCACCCAUGCAACGAUGACCAUCAAAAGUUUCGAAGAAGGUGGGGAUGGUGGUGGACCUUCAGAGUGCGACGGCAAGUACCACAGUGAUAAUGAGACGGUGGUGGCCCUUUCAACUGGAUGGUACCAUCAUGGUAGCCGAUGCGGCCGAAACAUCAGGAUCCAUGCAAACGGUAACUCUGUGCUGGCUAAAGUUGUUGAUGAGUGUGAUUCUGUAAAUGGUUGCGACGCCGAUCACGACUUCCAGCCACCAUGUGAUAACAAUAUAGUGGAUGCAUCGCGGGCAGUGUGGGAUGCUCUCAAGAUCCCUCUUUCGCAGGUUGGGGACUAUGAGAUUACUUGGUCCGAUGCAUGAUGAGUGAUGAUCUUGCAUUAGAAGCCUAUGUAGUUAUGCAGCUAUAAUAAAUUCCAAAUUCACACCCUGACUCUGUUUGCCCUAUAUUUCUUAAAUCAAUCAUAUCAAUAUGUAAUCGAAGGACUAUAGUAGUCUUGUUUGCAUUCAAAGUUCCUACUUCUAUCUCGAGCUGGUGGAGACACUGUCAACUUCAAGUACCCCCAUUUUUUUUGGGGGAAAAAGGGGAUGGGAGGCUUUGUAUUUGAUUGAAGAAAGAAGGAUGUGGACAGACUAAAGAAGAAGGGAAUGAACAAUGGGAUGUCAAGAAACAAUUUAAAAUAUGAAUUAAUAGUU